CAGAACCCAAUAAAGAGAGAAGAGCAAUGAGAGUCUCUAUGAGUGGAGUGACCAAAGAGAGAGAAGAUGGGGUGAAACUGCACUGUCUCAGUUUGCAGCAGCUGGAGUUUUCCUAUCAUGGCUGCUGAUCACAACUCCAUUACCAGUGUUUUCAUUCUUUUGGCAUCUACUUGAUCCAAAAAUAGUGGAAAGAAUCUCUCUUUUUCAGUUUUCAUUGAAACCCAAUUGCUUGCUUUGAAUGUGAAUGGUGUUGUCUCCCCACCAGUACUGAAAUCAGUCAUUUAGUUCACUUGCUGAUUAGAAGUCCUGCAUCUGCUGUCAUUCAAAUCUUUUGGUGCAAGGAGCAAAAGACAGAACUGCAAAGCCGGGUAUUUGGCAGUGGAAGCUCGUUGGACUGAUACUCUGGCCUGGAUCCAAUAUCUAAGGCUUUGUUACUUGUAUAGGGACCCAUCAUUUGCCAAGUCAAAACCAGUUUUGUUGUUGUGUUGUGCCGGAAUCAUGGCAACCCUGUUACAGUCUGAGUCCAGACGCUUGUAUUCUUGGUGGUGGGACAGUCACAUUAGCCCAAAGAACUCAAAAUGGCUUCAGGAAAAUCUUACAGAUAUGGAUGCUAAAGUCAAAGCAAUGAUCAAGCUCAUUGAAGAAGAUGCAGACUCUUUUGCAAGGAGAGCAGAAAUGUACUACAAGAAACGCCCCGAGCUCAUGAAACUGGUUGAGGAGUUCUAUAGAGCUUAUCGUGCAUUGGCUGAGAGGUAUGAUCAUGCAACUGUGGAGCUGCGCCAGGCUCAUCGAACCAUGGCAGAAGCAUUUCCCAACCAAGUACCUUAUGAACUCGCCGAUGAAUCAUCCUCAGGCUCUUAUGGCCCAGAGGCUGGACCUCAUACACCAGAAAUGCUGCAUCCAGUUCGUGCCUUAUUUGACUCAGAUGACUUGCAUAAGGAUGCACUGGGACUCUCUUCAACUGAUUUACAUGAUUUGAAAAGGAAUGGAGGCUCCGACUCUGGAAUAAGCAAAAGAGGUCUGAAGCAGCUUAGGGAAAUGUUCAAUCCAGGAGAAGAGUUUAAUCCAAAGGUUGCGGGGGGAAGGUUUACAGAAGGCUUAAGUUUUCAUGAAGCAGAUGAAAGCAAACCAAAGUUACAGAAUGGGUACUUUCAGUUAACUAGUGAGAACCAGAGUCUCAAGAACCAGGUCCUCUCUCAAUCUGAGCGUGCUGCAAAAGCUGAAACUGAAAUCCAAAUCCUACAGAAAACUCUAUCUGAGAUACAAGCUGAAAAGGACACAGUCCAUCAUCAGUACCAGCAGAGUUUGGAGAAGUUAUCUAAGCUGGGGAAAGAACUGAAUAAUGCUCAAGAGGCUGCUGGAGGGCUCAAUGAACGAGCCAGUAAAGCUGAUAUUGAAAUUACAAUAUUGAAGGAAGCCCUUGGGGAAUUAGAAGCUGAGAGAGAUGCUGGUCUUCAUCAGUACAAUCGGUGUCUGGAAAGGAUAUCUAGCCUGGAGACCAUGUUAUCUUUUUCCCGGGAGGAUGCAAAAGGACUUAAUGAGCGAGCUGUUAAAGCAGAAACUGAAGCUCAAAAUAUGAAGCAAGAACUUUCUAAAUUAGAGGCAGAAAAGGAAGCCUGUUUUCUCAGGUACAAGCAAUGUCUUGAGAAGAUAUCUGCUCUGGAGGCUACGAUCUCAGUUGAUGAAGAAAAUGCCAGAAUUCUUAAUGAACAAAUUGAAAGAGCUGAAAGUGAAGUUAAAUCACUGAACGAAGUUGUUGCUAUACUGAAGGAAGAGAAAGAAUCUGCAGCUCUACAAUUCAAGCAGUACAUGGAUACAAUAGCUAAGAUGGAAAGAGAACUUUCUCAAGCUCAAGCGGAUGCUGAAAGAUUGAAUGAUGAAAUUUUGAGAGGGGCAGCAAAAUUAAAGGGUGCCGAAGAACAAUGUGUUCUCUUGGAGAGAUCAAAUCAGUCUCUGCAGUUAGAGGCAGAUGGUCUGGUCAAGAAGAUUGCAACAAAAGAUGAAGAACUUUCAGACAAGAAUGAUGAGAUGGAGAAACUUCAUAAUCUGAUGCAAGAGGAGCACUUGCGGUUUGUGCAAGCUGAAGCCACUCUCCAAUUUCUGCAGAAGUUGCAUUCUCAAUCCCAAGAAGAGCAGAAAGCUUUAGCCCUGGAGUUCAAAAACGGGCUUCAGAUGUUGAAGGACUUGGAGAUGAGCAAACAUGGUGUGGAGGAUGAUAUGCAACGGGUUAAGGAAGAAAAUAAGAGCUUGAAUGAACUGAACUUCUCUUGUACUAUCUCCAUUAAGAACCUGCAAGAUGAAAUCUUUAGCAUGAAGGAGAUGAAAGAGAAACUUGAAGAGGAUGUUAAGCUUAAAACAGACCAGAGCAAUGCUCUCCAGAGGCAAAUUUUCCAUUUGGAGGAUGAAAUUAAGGGGUUGAAUGGAAGAUAUCAGGCUAUUGUGGAGCAAGUGGAGUCAGUAGGUUUAACUCCUGAAUGCUUUGGAUCAUCUGUGAAAGACUUGCAAAAUGAGAAGUCAAGGCUAGAAGAUAUAUGCACAAGGGAUAGAGAAGACAGAGAACAUCUUUACGAGAAGUUGAAGGAUAUGGGUAAACUUUCAAAGGAGAAUGCUGUUCUGGAGAGUUCACUCUCAGGUUUGAAUGGGGAAUUAGAGGGUUUGAGAGGGAAGGUCAAGGAAUUGCAGGAGUCUUGCCACUUCCUCCAGGGAGAAAAAGCCACUCUUGUUGCUGAGAAAUUUGCCCUGCUUUCCCAGUUGCAAGUUAUCACUCAGAACAUGCACAAGCUUUUCGAGAAGAACUCAUUGCUGGAAAGUUCCCUCUCCGGAGCAAACAUUGAGCUCGAAAAGUUGAGGGCAAGAGCAAAGAGCUUAGAAGAGCUGUGCCAGUUACUCAAUAACGAGAAGUCCAAUCUUCUUAAUGAGAGAGGCAUGCUGGUGUUUCAGUUAAAUGAUGUUGAGGAGAGACUGCGAAGCCUGGAAAAGAGGUUUAAAAAAUUAGAGAAGAAGUACUCUAAAAUGGAGAAGGAGAAAGAGUCCACACUUGAUGCAGUAGAAGAAUUACGGGGUUCCUUGCAUGCAGAAAAACGAGAGCGUGCUAGUUAUAUUCGGUCAAGUGAAUCCCGAUUGGCAGGUUUGGAAAGCAAUGUCCAUCUCCUGCAGGAAGAAAGAAGGUUGGGAAAGAAAGAAUUUGAAGCAGAACUUGACAAAGCUGUGAAUGCCCAGAUUGAGAUCUUUAUCCUUCAGAAGUUUAUACAAGAUCUGGAAGAGAAGAAUUCGACAAUAUACAUUGAAUGUCAGAGACAUGUUGAGGCUUCCAAGUUUUCUGAUAAGCUGAUCAAAGAGUUGGAGAGUGAAAAUCUUGAGCUACAGGUGGAAGAAGAAUUCUUAGUAGAAGAAAUCGAAAAGUUGAGGCUGGGAAUUUAUCAAGUGUUCAGGUCUCUGCAAAUUGAAACAGGUACACAUGAAGAUAAGAUUGAGCGAGAAAAAGUACUUGUGCUGCACAUUUUGAAUGCUAUCAAGGACUUGAAAAGUUCUCUGGUUCGGAGCAAGGAUGAGGAGCAGCAGUUGCUGGUUGAGAAUUCAGUGCUCUUUACUUUACUUCGGGAGCUGAGAUCCGAAGGUGCAGAAAUAGAGUCAGCAAAGCAAACUUUGGAGCAGGAGUAUGAGGUAAUGGCAGACCAUUGUGCUAUGCUACAAAAUGACAAGCAUGAGCUUCUAGAGACGCAAAGGCAGUUGAGGUUGGAAGUGACUGAGAAAGAGCAAAAGGAGGAAAUAUUAGAGGCUGAUUUGGAAAGUCUUCAAGGUAAGCUGGUGAGUCUGCAAGACGCAUAUCUGAUUUUGCAGGAAGAACAAUCCAAGGUGCUUGAAGAGAGGAGAUCCUUGCUUAAGAAGCUUUUGGACCUGAAAGAGGAAAAGCAAGUCCUUGAAGAGGAUAAUAAUGUUAAUUUUCAUGAAGCACUGGCUUUCAGCAACCUCUCUAUGGUUUUAGAGAGUUUCACAAUUGAGAAAGCUGUGGAACUAAAAGCACUUGCUGACGAUCUUGAUGGUCUUUGUGCUACUAACAAUGACCUUAAAGAUGCGGUUAGAACGUUGGGUGAGAAGUUAGUGAUGAAAGAAGUAGAGAAUCUACAUCUGAAUGAGAUGGUUCAAUUGUUGGACAAGGAACUGUGUGAAGCCAGUGACUUAAAUGGUUUACUAAGCCAUCAAAUUUCAAUUGGAAAGGAUUCUCUCAAACAGAAAAACAUGAAGCUCUCAGAGGUAGAAGAGAAGCUUCAAAAGACAGAGGACUUGAAUGUGGAAUUAUGCAGAACUGUUGAGGAGCUGAAGAUGGAAUAUGAAGAGUCAAAAAUAAUGGGUCAAAAUUAUGAGAAGCAGAUUCUCCAACUAUCUGAAGUCAGCACUAUUCAGAAAAAGGAAAUGAAUAGCCUGCGUGAAGCAAAUGAAACUCUGGAGGAUGAAAUCUUAUGUAAAGCGAUUGAAAAAGAAAUAGAAACUCUGCACCUGAGUGAGACAGCCCAAUUGUUGGACAUGGAAUUGUGUGAAGCCAAGGACUCAAAUGAUCAACUGAGCCAUAGAAUCUUAGUUGGAGAAGGUUGUCUGAAACAGAAAACUACAGAGCUUUCAGAAGUAGAAGAAAAGCUUAGACAGACAGAAGACUUGAAUGUUGAACUAUGCAGAAAUGUUGAGGAACUGAAGGUGCAACAUGAAGAAUCAAAACUCAUAAGAGAAAAUUGUGAGAAGGAGAUUGUGGAGCUAUCCAAAGAUAACACAAAUCAGAAAAUGGAAAUUGAGAGCCUUCGUGAAGCAAAUGGAACUCUAGAGAUUGAAGUGGGUGUCUUGUGUGAAGCAAUUGAAGAAUACAAAAUUAGAGAAGACUAUAUGAGUUCAGAGCUGCAAGAAAGAAGCAAUGAUUUUGAACUCUGGGAGGCUGAGGCUACAACAUUCUACUUUGAUCUUCACAAUUCUGCUGUCCGUGAAGUUUUUCUUGAAGAUAAGGUUCAUGAGCUUACAGAAGUCUGUGAGAGAAUUAAGGAUGAAGAUGCUGCAAAAUUUGUGGAGAUUGAACAAAUGAAAGAAAGAGUUAGCAUCUUGGAAAGUGAAGUUGGAGGUCUGACGACCCAGUUGUCUGCAUAUGCUCCUGCCAUAGCCUCUUUGAGAGAGAAUGUAAUUUCUCUUCAGCAAAAUGCCCAUCUUAGGAAGAAGCUUUUCGUGGAAAACAACCAGCAACACGAGGAUGGCAAACUGCCAAAUAAUCUAUAUCAGAGGAGCUCUCAAGAUUACAAAGAAGACCAAAGCACUUUGAUAUCAAAUGGAAUUUCCGAAUUGGAAGAAAUGCAGACUAUGAUCAAAGAAGUUGAAAAGGCAGUUAUUGAAGAAACAGAAAGGCUUUCAAUUGAAUUAGUUGAAAAGGAAAUGGUGGAAGAAAUUGAAAGGCUUACAACAAAGGAAAGGGCAGAGGCCUUGGUACAGACUGAAGAAGUAAAAUCAACAGGCAACUCGCAUCAAGAAAAUGGUAGCAAAGGAGAAGAGGUGGAACCUGUGAAUGAGUACUCGGAUGAUAAUCUGAAGUUGAGUAAACCUGAAAAGGCAGUUAUUGAAGAUACAGAAAGGCUUUCAAUUGAAUUAGUUGAAAAGGAAAUGGUGGAAGAAAUUGAAAGGCUUACAACAAAGAAAAGGGCAGAGGCCUUGGUAAUGACUGACGAAGUAAAAUCAACAGACAACUCGCAUCAAGAAAAUGGUAGCAAAGGAGAAGAGGUGGAACCUGUGAAUGAGUACUCGGAUGAUAAUCUGAAGUUGAGUAAACCUGAAAAGGCAGUUAUUGAAGAUACGGAAAGGCUUUCAAUUGAAUUAGUUGAAAAGGAAAUGGUGGAAGAAAUUGAAAGGCUUACAACAAAGGAAAGGGCAGAGGCCUUGGUACAGACUGAAGUAAAAUCAACAGGUAACUCAAAUCAAGAAAAUGGUAGCAAAGGAAAAGAGGUGGAACCUGUGAAUGAGUACUCGGAUGAUAAUCUGAAGUUGAGUAAACCUGAAAAGGCAGUUAUUGAAGAUACGGAAAGGCUUUCAAUUGAAUUAGUUGAAAAGGAAAUGGUGGAAGAAAUUGAAAGGCUUACAACAAAGGAAAGGGCAGAGGCCUUGGUACAGACUGAAGUAAAAUCAACAGGUAACUCAAAUCAAGAAAAUGGUAGCAAAGGAAAAGAGGUGGAACCUGUGAAUGAGUACUCGGAUGAUAAUCUGAAGUUGAGUAAACCUGAAAAGGCAGUUAUUGAAGAUACGGAAAGGCUUUCAAUUGAAUUAGUUGAAAAGGAAAUGGUGGAAGAAAUUGAAAGGCUUACAACAAAGGAAAGGGCAGAGGCCUUGGUACAGACUGAAGUAAAAUCAACAGGUAACUCAAAUCAAGAAAAUGGUAGCAAAGGAAAAGAGGUGGAACCUGUGAAUGAGUACUCGGAUGAUAAUCUGAAGUUGAGUAAACCUGAAAUAAGGCUUUUGACGAAAGACAUUCCACUUGAUCAUGUUUCAGAUUCUUCAUUCUAUGGAAGAAGCAGGAGAAAGAAUGGUAGGGCUGAUGAUCAGAUGCUCGAGUUAUGGGAAGCAGCCGAGCAGCAUUGCCUCCAGGAUCCAGCAGCCAAUAUCAGGCAAGACCAGGCAUCCUCACCAACUGAAGAUGUUACCCCCUACCCUCGGUUUGCAAACUCACGGAGGACUACUCGAAAGUCUCCUUCAGAAGUUCAGGUUGAGAAGGAGUUGGGCAUUGACAAGCUGGAGGUGUCCUACAGUAUUCGACAACCAAGUCAUGAUGGCAAGAAGGAAAAGAUCUUGGAGAGGCUUGCUUCUGAUGCUCAGAAACUGAUGUGUCUACAAACGUCUGUGCAAGACUUGCAUAAGAAGGUGGAGACUAACAAGAAGGGUAAGAAGAUCAACAGCUCUGAAUACGAAACGGUGAAAAGACAGUUGCACGAAGUUGAGGAUGCGGUUGUGCAGCUGGCGGAUAUUAAUGAUCAGUUGAAAAAGAAUGUUGAAGAGUUUCCAUCUUUGGACGAGCAGACUUCCAUAGAGUUGGAGGAGGCUGGAAAUGUCAGCAGAGAGAGAGUAACUGAACAAGCAUGGAAAGGAUCUGAGAAGAUUGGAAGGUUGCAGUUUGAGUUGCAGAACAUCCAACAUGUUUUGGUGAAAUGGGAGGGUGAAAAGAAAAGGAAAGGGAGGCAUGGAUUUUAUGUGAAUAGAACCGGUCUUCUCCUGAGGGAUUUUAUUUACAGUGGCAGAAGUAGUAGUGAAAGACGCAAGAAGGGUUGUUUGUGUGGUUGUAUGAGACCAUCAACGAGAGGAGAAUAAGGUAGCCACUUGGAGGAAAGCCUUUCUUUAUUUUCUGUAAGCUUCCUUGUAAUGGUCCUACUCUUUUAUGUUCAGGGGAUCAUAUCUUGGAGUAGUUAGUUAAAGUUGAAAUGUACUAGCUUUUGGAUGCUCUGUAAGAAUUAGGGUUUACCUAACCAUAAUAAGCUGCUGCUUCGUUCAGCUUUCUAUCCCAUAACAAUAAAAGCUAUGUCAUUUUGAUGGAGAAA